AUGGAGACCGCCGCCGCGGCCGGUCUAGAAAAAGAUGGCGCGAUGAGCUGGAAGCAUACCAGCCAGACUGGCCAGCGGUGGAAAAUGCUGGUAUUCGUGGCUUUCGUACAGCUGGUGUACGUCAGUGCGAGUGUGUCGCAGAUGUCUCUGGUCCGCGAGUGGGAAUCAAUGGACCUACUGGUGCCAGGGGAGGGUGGGCAGGGGACAUCGCGAAGACCCCUCGAUCUACAUUUUGAUAAAUUUAGCGUAUUUUGGAAAUAUUUGCAUCUGGACGUGUACAACGACAGGCUGUUUGUUGCUUUUGACCUACAUAGAGCACCGUUUUCGUUAGCUUACCACAACCUCUCGGACACCUCGAAAUCACUGCUACUACAACCAUACCCGAGUUGGGAUGCACACUCGGACGAGCAUGGAGAUCGACAGAUACACGAUGUGGUUGCACUCCGAGCCGACCGCUGCGGUCGAAUUUGGGUGAUAGAUAAAGUUGAUGAUGCUAAUGAACAUCGUAUUAUUGUUUUCGACCUAAACACUGAUCGCAUCCUGAGAAAAUACACAUUCAGGUACUCGAUUAACCUCCACAUUGGCUUUUCUAUGGUCGUAGACGACGACGACUGUGAAAAUCCAUAUCUCUACAUCAGCGAUAGCAGACAGGGCGGCAUCUGGACGUACUGCUGGGCGGACGAAACUGCGUGGCACCACCCCGGAGACUUCGUUUCCGCGAUGGUAUUAGCGCCAAAUAAAAGCGAGUCAUACAGUAUCGUCUACUAUAAUAUGUUUGGCGUGGGGGUUUGGUAUAUUUCCACGAGAUACCUUAGAGAUAAGACGUCAUAUUUGAUGGAGUUUGGGCACAAAGGAGAACACUACGUCUAUUUGGAAUCGACGGUUUUAGAUGCUAAAAAUAAUGUCCUUUUUGUUAGGACUUUCUAUAAUUCUACCACUAUAAUGGCCUAUCCCUGCUGGAACAGAUACGCGUCGUGUGACCCGAGUGGAUGGCAUGACAUCGCCGUCAACACGACACAUGAAGUAACUCAAAUAAUACUAGAUAAAAAUGGCAACCUCUGGGCUUUCACUGAAACAUCAACAUUGGACAACAAAACUAAUUUAAGUAUUUUCUCAUUAGACAUUACAAGUGCGAAUGUAGAAUUAAACAAAAAUGACACAACAAAUACAACGAAAUUAAAUGAAGCUGCCACCGCCGCUACAGUCUCAGCGACCAAUACGACCGAGCAAGCCUCAGGUGUCGACUAUGAUGGCAGUAGUAACAGUACAGUGACUACUGAAGAUAUUACAGGGGGGACGCCAAACAGCAAUAUCACCGCUACAGACCCAGCGAGCAGUACUACCGAGCAAGCCUCAGGUAUCGGUGAUCGUAUUAGUAACACUACAGUGACUAUUGAAGAAACUAUAGCGAGUACGCCAAACAGCGAUGUCAAGACGCAGCGAACAUCCCUGACGCGCUGCAGCGCCAAGGCAGACCCAACAACACCCUGA